AUGAAGGAUUACCUGAACUUUGACGCCGAAAUUCUUCACAGUCCACUGCAGGGUCCAAAAGUACAGGACGCUAGGCUCGUUACCCGACUGGAUGACAAUAACCGGUACAAUCUUCAGUUCUUCUGGAGACCGGAGGUCAUCUCGGAAUUUUUGGCUAACGGCUUUAAGAACUUCACACAGGAUGACUUCGAAUCAACCAUCGUCAAGCUUUUGGACCCCUUCUCCCUCAUGGCUGAGAGCGAAAUCGUGAAGAUGUGGCAGUUGUUGAACCAUUCGGCGGUUUAUGAAUCCUAUAUUGCAGCCUCAGAUGAGGCUGUGGUCAUGAUGGACACGCUGGAUGCAUUCAAGAACGAUGGAAUUUGUUUGAUUGGUCUUCUGGAAAAUGUAACCCUAACCUCCGUCAGAUAUCUGCGUGAUGCUUUGUCUCCAAACUCCUUAUCCUCCACGUUUGGCACUACGAUUCCAAAUACUUUCAACAAACUCGGCAGUGUCUUGGCAAAACAGGUUGCUGGUGACCUAGAUGCCCUUUCAAAUGCAUUCUCAGAGGAAGGAACAGAAUUUAUGGAAGCAGCACAGGCUGUCGCUCUCCGGCUGAAAGAAGACCUCUACUAUCUGAACGUUGGUGUUUUAUUCGACUUAAUUGAUGAAGUUCUAUUGUUAAACGCAUUGGGCGCCAUUUGCCUUAACCGUUUGCAAUGCUUUGCCCAGCUCUCCUUUGUAGCCAGCCGGGACGCCGUGGCAGCCUUGCAGGACUUCGCACUCGGAAACAUUUCUGGUGCCAUUAAAAAGUACUUCAGGCCCGAGGAUAACCAGUACAUGGUCGACUGGGAGGCCGUGUCCGUAAACGCUUCAAUCCACCUCCCUCAAGAGCUUCUGCAGGCGACUUCACUUCCGAUCGCUUUCUGUGGAGGACGCGCACUACAGCCUGCUAGCUGGCCGCAGCGGAUAGUCCAGGCAUCAGGGACGCUUCUCCGCGAGUUCGCUGAUCUAGAAGUUUAUGCCAGUCUUCGCAAUGCGUCUGCCAACAUCACCGAGUCUCUCAAAUAUAACGCAUGGCUAUUCCUUACACCCCAGAUAAAUCCAAAGAUAAUCGGCUUCGAUGGGGGAGUGAGGGAUCUUUCUUUGAUUCAGAACACACUUUUUGUUUUGGCGAGGGAUAUCUUUGAAGACACUUUUUCAUUAAUGCUCUUGACUUCCGAGGACGACUUCGAGUUUCACUUGUUACCUAUGUGCACAAUAAGCGUCUCAGGCCUUGCUCCUAUAAAACCACUGAUGACCAUCAAGAACCGAAAUCACUGGCUACUAGCAGGAACUUAUCCGCAAUUCACUAUUGUCUACGAUAUGUUUCAUGAUGUGCUCUGGGUACAGUUGGGUGCCAAGUGGUUUGGUAGACUUGACGGUCUUUUUGGAAGCACAACGAAAGUUCCCUUUUCCCCGGCUUUGCCUGCCUGGACAGCACAAAAACAGGACUCAUCGGGAUGGAAGUGGGCAGACCGGUUUAAAAUAAAGUUCGACACUAGGUAUUAUGACACUAUAAUUGACGAUACAGAGGUGGCCGAAUGGUUUGCCCCCUACGCCUCCUGCAACAGCAGAAUUGUUGUCAAACCAUUCCUAACAAUGGUCGCGCUGGAAAAACAUAACCGACAUCGAGAACUGGUUUGUAGUGCAUUGGCCGCCUACGCAUAUGCCUGUGACGGACCUAAGGACAAGGACUUCGUUAAUGAAGACUGCGUUCCCGGUGAGAAUCAACAAGAACGGAGGCGGGGUCAGAUGCAGGUGGCGGGCACUGUGAAAUCCGUACUUUAA